AUGGCCUUGAUCGAAAAGGGUGUCAAGGAAGGGCUCAAGGCUGCCAACGUCAAGUUUCCGGCACAACUUGGCGGUUGCAUCUUUCUCUUUUCCUUCAUGAUGCUGGCAGAAAAGAUCAAUCCCGAACUCGGCAACGCAAUCUUCGAAGCCUUGUCGCCCGGAGCCGGGAUUCUGGCCAAGUGGCUUCCCGUCUUUUUCGUUCCCGGCCUAGCACUCUUGCCCUUGUCACCGAAGAUUGGGACCAGUGUCGAUGUAAGUUUCGUGUCGGGAGAAAUGUUGGUAUUGGCGUUGAGAUUCCGAACCCCGGUCAAAGUUGCGUCCGUUGCCCAAACGAAGAAGACCGCCACCGCUACACCGGCCAAAAAACCGUUUAGUGACGCCACAAUGGGUUUCUUUAUCAAGGGAACCUUUAUCACUGCAGUUCUCAGUCUCUUGGCCACCAAGAUGAACAACGACUUUAGCAGUCCAUUGCAAACAGCCUUUUUGGGUUUCUUUACCUUUGCGGCCUAUGUUUGGGGGGCCCGUCUACCGACCGGCUUUGUUAAGGUUAUUCAUCCCUUGGUCACCAGUUCCAUUCUCGUACUGGGACUCAUGCAAGCGCUGGCCCGGAUCAACGGCCAAGACUUUCUGGACGUUGUCCGUAGCUACAAGGUGGGAUCGUUGUAUCCCAUGAAAGCCGGUGCCGGAGAUAUCCUUUUGUAUCUUUUGGGACCCUCCGUGGUGUCCUUUGCUAUUUCCAUGUACAGUCGUCGUGAUUUGCUCAAGAGCAACCUGCUCGUAGUAUUGACGGCCAUGUUCGUUUCCAGUGCCGGUGGCCUCUUCGGGACAGCCGCCUUUGUCCGUCUCAUUAAUUUGGGAGGACGCGGCGGACGCAUGGUGCGACUCUCGGUAUUGGCCCGCAACAUUACCACGGCCUUGUCCAUGGCACUCACCGCCAUGUUGGGCGGAGACAUUUCCGUCGCGGCCAGUGUAGUUGUCUUGACGGGCAUUAUUGGUGCAACCUACGGCAAGGCCCUGUUGGCGUUGUUGAACAUUUCGGAUCCUAUCGUUCGUGGAUUGGCCAUUGGAUCGUCGUCGCAGGGCCUCGGGGUGGCGGCCAUUUCGGACGAGCCGGACGCCUUUCCUUUUGCCGCUAUUUCCAUGGUUUUGACGGCCAUUUCCGCCACCACUUUGGUUUCCAUCCCGGCCGUCCGGGCAGCGCUGAUCCGUACGGCCGUCGGUAACUAG